AUGGAUUUUAAAGAUAGAUUCAAAGGCAGAACAGGAUUCCUUGACAAAUCAGGGGUUAAUGGAGUAAUUGCUAUCACUUAAAACCCAGUUAAGUAAUCUUAAAAAGAGUCCAGCCCCCUUGUUGGAUCAAUUAGUAGGAAAGUACCAGAUAUCCUAGUUGACUCUAGGUCUAUGCUACAACCCUAUGAGGACCAAAAUAAUUCAAAUAUGAGUGAAUAUGGAUUAAAAAUUACACGUAAUAACCAAGCAAUGCAAAAGGUUCAAAGUUCUUUAAGCUUAGUUACUAUUAAAAGAUCCGAUAUCAUGGUAGGGUCAAAUUUAGAUCAUGAAAGCCUGAAAUUCCAACCUAAUUCUAACUAAGGAUUAGGCUAAGGAAGUUUUGAUAAUAAAAAUAGGUUUACAGAUAAAAAGUAUAGUAUUUCUAUACAAAAUAUUGCAAGCAGAAACGCUGAAAUUCGAAAAUCUAAUUACUUAUAAAAAAUUGCAUAGAAUGGAAGGACCUAGACUGCUACUAGAAAUAAUGUGCAAUUGCAAAUUCAGAAUACAAGUAACACAAAUACAAGCAAAAAUAAUUAGGAAACUAAUAAUACUUAUAAUGACUAAUAAGUAUCACUUAAUAUGAAUUAGAUGCCAAGUAUUUAAUCAAGAUUUAAGGAAUCAAUCUUGUAGAAAUCUAGAAGGUAUCUUUAAAAGGUAGGUCAUUCUAUGAUAGAAUAAGAUUCAAAGUCAAUUGUUAAUUCAAAUUCUUUAUCCCCUAUCAACGGUAGAGAAAAUAGUGAAUUAAAUAAAAGUAUCGCGAAUCCUCCAUUAAAUAACCUUAUGGUCAGAAAUUAUAACGGAGGCUAUGAGAAAUCAAGCUUGAAUACCGAUAUGAUCAUGCAUGAUUAAGUUUCAUAGAAUUCAUAGUCUCACAAGAAUUUUCAUCAUAUUCAAAAUGGACUCAUAUUGACACAUAGAAAAUACAAUAACGACAACAGACGUUACUCAAAAAUGAUUGAGUAGAGCAUGCCUUCACACGAGCAAUUAAAUAUAAGUAUCAAGCCAGUAGAAUUAACUCCUUAGCUAAGUUCUGGUAAACUGAAUAAAAUCAAUCUGAGAAACAGAGUGGGAGCAGGAAUAAUUCCAGAUUAAAAAUCAGAAAUACAGAAUGUACCUUUGGAGUAAUACAAAACCCCACCUGAAAAGAUUUAUACUGAUCCAACUAACAAAUAAAAUGGUGUGUCAUUCUCAAAAUCCAUUUAAUAAAUAGAGACUCCUUCCUUUGAGAAAAAAGAAAUGCCCUAAAAGCAGCAUCAUUAGAGAUUCAAAUAGCAUUUAUAGAGAUUAAUUAGUAUGAAAGAAGAUAUAGAUAGCAUUUCUCUAAAAAAUAGAUUGCUAAAUUCAAGCAACUCUAUGAUAAUAAAUCAGAAAAAGGAAGUAGAGAGCAAUGCAAGCAGUGAUAUGAAUAGUAACAAACUAAAUAAAUCAGAAAUAAAUGUGAGGCAUGAGAACAGUGUUGGAGCGAAUAAUAGUUUGAAUAGCAACUCUAUAUAACUACCAAAGAUUAAUGUCAAUAAGUCUUUUCAUUAGAAUUUCAUCGAUAAAAAACAGUAGUAAGUUUUGAUAUAAUCCAUAGUAAAAGCCAGGAUUAACUAGGAGAGGCCGAAGUAUACUUCCAAUUAGAAAUAGCUAGAAUGA